AAUAUAUAUAAAAAAAAUUUAAGUUUUUCCUUCACCAAUCCUCUUCACACAAAAGCUCUCCACUUGUUUCUCUGCAAAUCCGCCAUUUUCUCUCGUUCUGUCUGUGUGCGUCUCUCUCUUUCUCUCUCUGUCUGCAAUGAUCUACGUUUCCUCAAGUAAUUUCUGAGCUCUUCUUCUCUUCACCGUUUUGCUAUCUCUUCUAUGGGCGGCCUAUCCGAAGAUCUAUCUUCAACCACCUUGCAUCUCGAUUCGGAUAACAAUCAGCGAGUUUACUUUGUUCCAUACAGGUGGUGGAAGGACGCGCACGAUUCUUUAACAGGAGAUGCCGAUGGGGAGAGAGGACUUCCCUUCCUGGCAUCGCCAGGUUCGUCGUAUGCCGGACCAAUGAAGAUCAUCAACAAUAUUUUCAACUCGGAUCUCGUUUUUAAUCUGAAAAGAGAAGAGGAUUCUUCGCAGAAUAGUGAAAAUGGUGAAGUGGGCAUUUCAGGGAGGGACUAUGCCUUGGUCUCCGGAGAAAUGUGGGUGCAGGCACUUAAAUGGCAUAUUGACUCCAAGUCUUCAACGAGGAAUGGUGGUAGCUUUUCCGUUGCAGAAGAUAAUAUAGCAGAUGUUUAUCCUUUGCAACUAAGGCUUUCUAUCCAACGCGAGGCAAAUUUAUUGGGAGUGAGAAUAAGUAAAAAGGAUAAUGUAGUCGAGUUAUUUAGAAGAGCAUGCAAAAUUUUCAAUAUUGAGUCGGAGUUGUUGCGAAUCUGGGACUUUUCUGGCCAAACAAUUUCCUUUUUUAGUAACAGUAAUAUGCAACGACAGUCAGAUCAAGAGGUACUACUUGAAUUACAAGUUUAUGGGUUGUCAGAUUUCAUAAAGUGCAAAGAGGGGAAAAAGGAUGAAUUGGCAAAUUCUAUCCUCGGAAAUUCAUCUGGUACUUCACCUGCAAUGAAUGGUGCUUCUGGAACUGGGAGUUCUGGCUGCUUCUUUGUAAAUUCUUCAGUUUUUUCUGGAAGCUCUCGUGAAGCUGGUUCUUUAGGAUUGACAGGCUUGCAAAAUCUUGGGAACACCUGCUUCAUGAACAGUGCUCUGCAGUGUUUAGUGCACACUCCGAAACUUGUUGACUACUUUCUUGGUGACUAUGAUAAAGAAAUAAAUUAUGACAACCCAUUGGGCAUGAAUGGGGAGAUUGCUUUGGCAUUUGGAGAUCUGUUGAGGAAACUCUGGGCACCUGGCGCAAGUCCUGUGGCACCAAGAACGUUCAAGUCUAAGCUUGCUAGAUUUGCUCCUCAAUUCAGUGGCUUUAAUCAACAUGAUUCUCAAGAGCUCCUUGCUUUUUUGUUGGAUGGGCUCCACGAAGAUCUUAACCGUGUGAAGAAGAAGCCUUAUGUAGAAGCCAAGGAUGGAGAUGGACGACCCGAUAAUGACAUAGCAGAUGAAUACUGGCAAAACCAUUUGGCUCGCAGUGACUCCAUCAUUGUUGAUGUGUGCCAAGGUCAAUAUAAGUCAACAUUAGUUUGUCCCGUUUGCAAAAAGGUCUCUACUACCUUUGAUCCAUUCAUGUAUUUAUCGCUACCUCUACCUUCAACAACAAUGCGAACAAUGACUUUAACCGUUGUCAACACUGAUGGAAGUACUCCGACUCCAUAUACCAUUACAGUUCCCAAGUCUGGAAAAUGGGAAGACCUCAUAAAAGCCCUUAGUAUUAAAUGCUCUCUAAGAGAAGAUGAGACUUUAUUAGUUGCUGAGGUAUACAACUACCGCAUCAUUCGGUAUCUUGAGGAGCCAGCUGAUUCUUUAUCCUUGAUAAGAGAUGGUGACAGAUUGGUUGCUUAUCGCCUGGCAAAAGAUGAUGAACAAGUACCCUUGGUUGUGUUCAUGCAUCAAAGGAUCGAGGAGCAGUACAUCAAUGGGAAACAUUCUACAAUUCCUAAGGCAUUUGGAUUUCCUCUGUUGGCUAAGCUGCCUAGUGCCUUUAAUGGAUCUGAUAUCCAAGACAUAUACAAAAAAUUGCUUAGUCCCUUUCAGGUUUCUACUCAAUAUGCUUUGGAAGAAAACCAUACUUCCGACAUUGAUACAAUUGAUAAAACCAGGGAGGAGGAGAAUGGAACUAAUUCCCCAUCAGCUUGUGUAAUUGAUCCCUUAAGAAGUGAAGAUGGAGUUAGUUCACCGUCAGAUGCUGAUUUCCAAUUUUACACCACAGAUGAGAAGGGAACCAUUAAGGGCUCUGAAAUUGAAGUUGGUGAAUCUCUCGUGGGGUCAGAAAAGAGUAAGCGGCUAUAUGUGCUUGUUUCCUGGCCGGAAAAGCAGAUUGAGCGUUAUGACACUCGCCUUCUUACCUCUUUACCUGAGGUUUUCAAAUCCAGCUUUUUCACAAAGAGACCUCAAGAAUCUGUUUCUCUAUAUAAGUGCCUUGAAGGUUUCUUGCAAGAGGAGCCUCUUGGACCCGAAGACAUGUGGUUUUGUCCUAGCUGCAAAAAGCACUGUCAAGCCAGUAAAAAGUUAGAUCUUUGGAGAUUACCAGAGAUUUUGGUUAUUCAUUUGAAGAGGUUCUCUUAUAGCCGUUUCCUGAAGAACAAGCUAGAGACAUACGUUGACUUUCCUGUUGAUGAUCUGGAUUUAUCAAUGUAUGUUGCCUAUAAGAAUGACCAGACUUGUACUCGCUAUGUGCUUUAUGCAAUCAGUAAUCACUACGGGAGCAUGGGAGGUGGCCAUUACACAGCAUUUGUCCAUCAAGGAGGCGACCAGUGGUAUGACUUCGAUGAUAGCCAUGUUAAUCCCAUUGGCCUGGAUAAGAUAAAAUCUUCAGCUGCUUAUGUUCUUUUCUACAGAAGAGUUGUUGCUUAGUAAACUGACAAUUGGCUGAGGUUCCAUUGAAUUGAAGCAGAUCAUGAUCAUUUCUCCAAAAAGUUGAUGCUAAUUAGCUCUUACAUGACGAUCAUCAGUCUUUCUCUGUCCUUAUUAAACCAUGCAAGUAGUUUUCAGCAUGGAUGAAAGAUGAAUGGAAUUUCAAGCUUAAAGACGGCAAGGAAGAAGCCGAUGCCACCGUGCUUAUGCAAAGAAAUCACAAAAUGACAGGUCUUAGGGAUACUAAUUACAUUCAUUGGCGUUACCCCAUCUUGAAAGAGGAGAGGCUUUUAGUAUAAUCUUCUGGUGAGUCUUAGACAAUAGCAUAGGGUUCAAGCCAAACUCUUUUGAUGAGUUUUGGGGGGUUACCAAAUAGGCUAGGAUAUUGAGUAAUCUUUUUGAUAGGAAAUUCCUUAAUACUUCAUUGCGGUUAUAAGGUUGAUGUGUUGUUGAUUCUUGUGUGAGAAAACAGUAGUAACUAAUUCAUAGAUUUUGAUCCAUUUUUUUUAAAAAAUCAUUGUAUUAAAUUAUAAACUGGGGCUGAUAAUUGGGUUCAAAUGUGAUUCUUGAAGUACGAAAAUAUGAAUGAAUGUCAUGAUAUUGAAAAA